UCUGCAAGGCUGGUACCUCCUAAAAUGGAACUAUUGGGACUUCUGCCGAUCCUUGUACCAUUCAUCCUCCUGGGAGGGAUCCAGGAAUCUGGGCUGGUGGCAGGGUUCUUUAUCAAGACAUGUCCCAACAUCAGAGUGAAAUGCGAAGUCCAGGAGAGGAGUGAGUGCACGAGGCACAGACACUGCCCGGACAAAAUGAAAUGCUGCCUGUUCAACUGUGGGAAGAAAUGUCUAGACCUCCGAAAAGAUGUGUGCAGCAUGCCAAAGGAAACCGGCCCCUGCAUGGCCUUCAUUCCACGCUGGUGGUACGAUAAAGAAAAAGAUAUCUGCACCAAAUUUAUCUACGGAGGUUGCCAAGGGAACAAUAACAACUUCCAGACGGAAGCUAUCUGCCUGGUCAUCUGUCAGGAGAGUAACUCAUAUCGCUGGCUCUUUUAA